ACUAUUCGCUUUUGUGUAGUUUUGCCAAGUCGGGGACGGUCCGAAUUAGACCGACUACAUGUGGUUUGUUGUGCGAGUAUCAAAAGUGUCGUGAACUUGUCGAUUUAGCAUUCGAAAGUGUGCAAGUGUUUCGCGUUUUGUUUAAAAAGUGUGUAAAAUGUCAGAUGUUACGCGGAGCGAGUGGCGCGGGAACGCGGCAUUUUUUAGAUUCCGAUAGGAUUCGAAAGUUGAAACUGCAUGUUUACGAACGAUGCAUUUGUACGUGUUUAAGCGUUAAUUUUAGUGCGAAGCUGUGAUUUAUUUUUAUCGUGAAAAAUUGUGUGACAAAAUGAGGCGUACGGGCUUGUGUAUUUUUGACGCGGCGCUAUGGUGCUUCGUGGUGUACCUGCUCGGGCACAUGCCGACCAUAGAGAUGAGAGUGGAUGAGCUGGAGCAAGCCGCACAGAAGUACAGGAGUCCAGAGCCAGUACCAGCAUCCACAGCAGCACCCAUAUACCCCAAGCCCAACAUGAAACUGGGGAAGUGUUUCCACCUGGACCGUUCCCAGUGCCCCACCAAGGAGCUACGCUGUGACACCGUGGACCCUACUUCUGUGUUUUGCUGUGACGUGGACAGUUUCACGCUAAAAGAGGGCCUUACUGCUUAUAUGAAACAGAACAUUACAAAUCUCCACGUCCUAAACGCCACCAUAUCGGAGUUGGACCUGUCUCAGUCCGUGUUCCGACGGCUGGCGUCCAUGGCGCUUACUGACGGCAACAUCGGACAGAUUGUUGGUCAGUUCCCGAAACACUCCUCAAUCGCCUGCCUCAACAUCUCAAACAACAACCUCACGACGGCCAAACUGCCGACCACCCUGCGUCCGUUCGCUUAUCUGUUCAACCUCACCGUGUUGGACGCGUCGGCGAACAACCUCACGGAGUUCCCGCUCAGCCUGGUGCAGAGUAAUCGGAAGAUAUUUAUAGAUAUGUCAGGGAACAACCACAUGCCGUGCAAAGAGUUCCAAAUGGCCAUGGACAGCAACAAUUCCCUAGUGACGUUCCUGAACUACAACAAGACGUAUUGCGUGCGCGACAUUCGCUUUAACGACAUGCAGUGGUUCCAAGAGAAAUCGUUUCUGCAAAUUGACCAUCUUAAAGUUCAAAAAGAGCUAACUACUAUCUGCCGCAACAUCAAACCUCUGGACGCGAACUGCACUUGCUUCCUGGAUAGACUGGAACUGACGCAUCUGGAGUACAUGGUGACGGUGGACUGCACGCAGCGGCAUCUGAAGGUCAUGCCGACGGAUCUGCCGCCGAACACUUGGAAGCUGAACGUGUCUUAUAAUAACGUGAGUUGUAGCUAUAAACUGCGCUUCCUGGACAGACUGGAACAGCAUCUGGAGUACAUGGUGACGGUGGACUGCACGCAGCGGCAUCUGAAGGUCAUGCCGACGGAUCUCCCGCCGAACACUUGGGAGCUGAACGUGUCUUAUAAUAACGUGAGUUGUAGCUAUAAACUGCGCUUCCUGGACAGACUGGAACAGCAUCUGGAGUACAUGGUGACGGUGGACUGCACGCAGCGGCAUCUGAAGGUCAUGCCGACGGAUCUGCCGCCGAACACUUGGAAGCUGAACGUGUCUUAUAAUAACAUAACGAGCCUAGAAGUGGUCGGCGACGACCCGUCAUACGAGCUUCUCAAGCAACUCAUAGCAGACCACAACGAUAUAGAGAAUAUUGGUCCGCUGGAGGGAACUAAGUUUGCUGACAACUUCAUGCUGUUCUCAAUCACGCAUAACAAGCUGAAGAAUAUCCACACGUACAUGCUCUCGAACAUGUUCGACAACCCUGGGUCCUACAACACGUUCCUUAUCGGCGGCAACUAUAUACACUGUGACUGUAACACCGAGAAAGUCAUCAAACCAUGGCUAAUAGAAGUCUCAAAAACCAUCCUCGACUACAAAGAGUUAUACUGCGAAGACAACAUGGGCCCAGUUGUAGAACUAAAAGAAUUCCAAGUCUGCCACACUCCAAGGGACUGGACCGACUAUAUCUACUACAUUAUCACUCUAGAAGUUUUAAUUCUAGUACUUUUGAUAAGUAAAGUAUCUUAUGAUUACUGGAUCUUCAAGACGGCAGGUUAUCUGCCGUGGCCGGCUAAUAAGAUGCCGCGUCUGCCCUGUGAUUGGCUGUGCGAGUGACGCGCUGAUUGGUGGAUAUUGGUGCGAUGUGAUUGGCUCGCGUGGCAGGUCCAUGCGUUAGUCUGGAGUCUCAGAGGCAGACCUGGCAGACAAUCUGCAAUGAAGCUAUUUGGAUAUCUCAAAAACAGGACAGUAUCUCAUUUGUUAGACAAGUGCACUGUGAUUAACUUUUGUUUAUUUUUUGGUACCAAUUGGUUUCAUGGAUUAUUUAAUGAUGAUUGAUGAUUUUGGACGCUGUGUUUUUUGUGGUUUAAAAAACUAAUGAAUAACAUUGAACUUUUGUUUAUGUUUUAGUGUUUUUAUGGACUUAUGAGUGCUUUUAUGAGUGCUGCAGCUAGAAAUAGCACAAUAAAUCUAUUUUGUAUAAUUUUGUGUCAAAUAUGUAAAUUAUGUGUUGAAAUCGUUGUAAUACUAUAUGAAAAAUGCGUAUAUUUUUAAUCAAGUGUAGCUUUAUUAAAAGCUGUAGCUAUUAUUAUACAAAUCUAUACAAGUAUAUUGAAUAAAACUUUCCCACGGGCCCAACGAAUUAGACUUUUGGUUUUUUUUUUAUUUGAUUUUUUUGAAUUUGAAUUUGAUUUGAUUUGGAUUUGAAUCUUAUGUCAAUGCGGGAAAGACUUUUGUCAUGGAAAAUAUUUAUUCACUAUAUCUGUAGGAAUAUAUGAAAAGACGAUGUUAUAUUAUAUUCAAGUUAUUUUGAGUUUUAUGCCAUGGUAAAUGUUUUUUAGGUGUAGUAAUGGGAUUUUUUUGCCAAUGAGUCUUUUGUAUCAUAGUACAUACAGUCUGGCAAAAAAGAGUAGAAAUUAAAAAGUGGCAACACUGUAGUGUCGUCCCGUUUUUCUUAGAUUGAUUUGAAAGGGACGACACUACAGUGUUGCCACUUUUUAAUUUCUACUCUUUUUUGCCAGACUGUAACAUAGGUCACUAGAUAAGUUUUGCAAUAGACAAAUAUGAAGCACAGAGGGGGCCUAUCACAUAUACUUUUUAAAACUAUAUUUCCAUAGACAAUGUUUGGAGGGAAAACAUUUACUUUCUUUUUAAAUCUACUUAUUAAAAAAUAGAUUUAAACUUUGUAUGAAAUGAAAAUAUUGUAUAAAAUAUUCGUAACUCGUUUCUAUCCCACGCCGAAAUUCAUUUUUUUAUAAGCUGUUGGUUCCUUAUUGUGUUGCAGAAAGUUUUUUGACAUAUUUCUGUGUUGCAUAAUGUUACAUGGUAGAAAUAUCUUUUGGCAGAAAUACUUUUGGCAUACUGCUUUACGCAUAAUAAUACUUUGCAGAAUUUCUUUUCGCAUAAUAUUAUUUGGCAGAAAACCCUAACCUAACCCACUUAGAGAAUUCUGCCAAAUGAAUAUUAUGCGAAAUGACUAUUAUGGCAAGUAUAUAUUUAUGCGAAAGUAUCAUUCGACUAAAAGUUUACUGCGAUGCGUGUUAUGCGAAGUGUAUUUCUGACAAACAAUAUUAUGCCAGAUGAGGGUAACCCGUGAUGGGCCACCUCUUUGUUUCAUAUUUGUGACGUUUUCAACCAAAAGGUACCACAUUGUCGCUUGCCGAUAAGGUUGAUUUCAAAUGAAUGCUAUAUGGAAAUAGCUAUAAAAAAAUUGACAACCGACAAGAAGUACCCUUUUGAUUGAGAAUGACACAUUUGUCUAUUGCAAAACUUAUCUAGUGACAUUACAGUCGUCGUCACAGAUAUGUUAACAUUUUUUCGCCUUAUUACAAAGGAGUAAGGUGCAAAAGUGUAUCUUUGACCUCGACUGAAGGGUGAGUUGGGGUAAGAUUGAACGGGUUUUUCAUGAGGGGUAAGACAACAAAUCGUCCGUAUGCCGAAGCAUUACGGGCGACUUUUAUUCUUAUCCCGCAUGAAAAACCCUUAACUUACCCCAACGCACCUUUUUUAUUCAUUGCCAAUUUCUUGGUCCAAUGUCAUUGCGUCUCACUCUCUUAUUAAGCAAAAUGUGAGACGCAAAUACACACUGGACCAAGAUUUUGAAUAGGUGGAACACCACCCUAAGCUGACUGUAUCGAAUUGAAUGGAACAAAGUGAGGAAGUGUCACUAUAUGUAUACAUGUCAUAUUUUCAUAGAAAUGUGACAUAAAUGAUGACAUUACCACACUUAGUCAUUAGCCUAGUUAGCUUUAAGUGUUUCUUUUAAUGGCCAGAAAUGUGACAACUUUUGUUACAUAAUUAAAUGCUACAGUGCGUUAUAUGACUAUAUCUACUAGUGUUAGUUAUCUGAGAUGAUUUUAAACAAAAACUUAUAUCUAGGUCAAAUAUCCCAUCCAUUUCUGAUGUAAGUUCUUAUUCUAAUAAGUCUAUUUUUGUACUCAAAAUGAUGCAACAUAAUGAUAUAUCUGCUAUUUUGGACCAAUUAUACUGAAGAUUCUAAGAGGCUAAACAUAACUUUCACCUAAGACAUAGCUUAACUUAGCUUAAGUAAGGGCUGAAACAGACGGAUUGCACUUCUCAAUUUUGUUUACAUUCUUUCUGCAGUCGAAAUGCACUCAGUCUGUUUCAACUAGUGUUGUGCCGGCAGUAAAUUACCGUUACCAGUAAUUUCCCAUUCAGGAAAUUUACUAGUAAAUUAACAUUUUACCGUAUUCUUCUUCUUUGGCCAACCCUCUUCCCAGCUCAUCUGGGGUCGGGUCUCCUUGUACGUUUGCGUCAGAGAGCUCUGUUCUGGGUUGUCUGCGUAGUUAGCUUGGUCCCCCAAGUAGCGGGGGAUCUACCUCGUCCUCUGGGUCGGUUUGGCAUGUUCAGGACCUUUUUGACUACAUAGUCAUCUUCUCGCCUGGAAAUGUGUCCGAACCAGCGUAGUCGGCUUUCCUUUAUUUUUUCAGCUAUUGGAGCAACUUUAAGGAUCCCCUCAUGUGUUCGUUGCGAACUUUGUCCAGACGUGUCACUCCACCUGCCCAUCUAAGCAUCUUACCGUAUUCGUAAUUAACAAAAAAAAAUACCAUAACAAAAGUAAAAACAUGCCAUAACCCACAAAAAACGUAUUUAUCGGUUUUUGCUAACGUUACUGGGAAUUUACUCACCUUGGAAACAUUUACUGGCAACGGCACAUCACUAGUUUCAACUAUAACCGUUUUGAAAUGAUAUUGGAAAUAGGUGCCAUAUUGAAAAAUAUACACUGAAAUUAUCACUAUUUUUAGAUAUUUAUAUUAAAAAGGCUAUAUAGUUAUUAUGUAUAUAUAAAUGCAAUGAAGACUGUAUAUUUUGUAUGGAUUUCGUUUUAUGUAUAAAUAUGACCAAUUAAAGGGUUGAUUUUAUAAUUAUUGUUUGAUUUUUAAAUAAAAUACUAAGGUAGUUUU